UCCUGCGAUGCGCUUGCCGCUAAUCUUUCACAGCCUGCACCAGCGUCUUCAAAAAAUGUUUGUAAAGAGAAACGAAGGCGGCGAGACUGCCACGCCCAGCAUUCAGGACAUCGCCGGUCGACUGGCGGAGGAGCAGCAGCGACUUCGCCAACUGGAGGCCACAACGACUCCCAAAGAGCGGACAGUUCUUGUCUUGGGAAGCAAGUGUGUGGGUAAGACGACGGCCAUUAAUAAGUUCUUUGAUCGCGAGGAACACGCAACGCGUCCAACUCUAGCACUGGAGUACAGCUUUGGACGACGGAUUGGCAGCGGAAAGUCACCGCAGGUGAUGAAUGUUUGGGAACUGGGCUCCCUGGACAAUGCAGAGCAAUUGCUGGAAGUACCCAUGCGGACACAUGGUCUGCAGCAACUAGCCGUCGUUCUAAUGCUAGAUCUCUCCCAGCCACAGCGAUUUUGGACGGACUUGGAGUGCGCAUACAAGGGACUGAGGGAUACGGCGCAGCAGAUGAUGGAAAAGGUAACACCGGAGCUCAGGGAAAUCCUCGAACAACGAACAGUGGAGCGAGUGGGUCAGCAAAACAAAGAUGUGGAAAAAUUAGACCCACUACCAUUUCCGGUGAUUAUUGUCGGUGGGAAGUACGAUGUGUUUUCUGGUUUCGAUCCUGUUAUCAGGAAGCACACCUGUCGCUGCUUGCGAUCGAUGGCCCACCUCAUAGGUGGCGCAUUGCUGUUCUAUACGCAGAAGAUGCCCAAGCUGGCCAAGGUCCUGAGGGACACCAUCAACCACUUGGGAUUUGGCAGUCCUGCUCAUCCAUUCCGCUCCCAUGUCGUGGACUUCAAUGAACCACUGUGCAUUUGGUUUGGAACGGACAGUUGGUCGAAAAUUGGUGAUACUGGCGCCCAAAGUGUGGAGCGAAUUGGAGCCACAUUCGGAGUGGAAGUACCCCAGCUGCAGCUGGAGAAGCAGAAGCUACAAGAAACCACCGAUCCAGCCAAAGACCCUGGUUUCAAGGAGUCCCUCAUCGAUGAGAUGCGAUCGCAGAAAAACGAGGAACUGGCAGGAUUAAUGAGGGAUGUCCUGCUGCGCGGAAAGUUCGAAAGUGUUCAAACUUAAUAAGCUGUUGGGAUUAAGC